AUAGUCCAAUUUCAUCAACACAGUGAUUGCAACACUUGCAAUGCAAGAUUUCAUGGAGGCUGCAGCAGUUGUGUUCUUAUUCACCAUAGCUGACUGGCUCGAAACAAGAGCUAGCUACAAGGCGAGUUCGGUAAUGCAGUCUUUAAUGAGCCUAGCACCUCAGAAGGCAAUAAUAGCCGAGACUGGAGAAGAGGUUGAAGUAGAUGAGGUUAAGGUUAGCACAGUUGUAGCAGUUAAAGCCGGUGAGACUAUACCAAUUGAUGGAAUUGUGGUGGAUGGAAACUGUGAAGUAGACGAGAAAACCUUAACGGGUGAAGCAUUUCCUGUGCCUAAACAGAGAGAUUCUAUGGUUUGGGCUGGAACCAUCAAUCUAAAUGGGUAUGUAACGGUGAAAACAACUUCUUUAGCUGGUGAUUGCGUGGUUGCAAAGAUGGCUAAGCUAGUAGAAGAAGCUCAGAGUAGUAAAACCAAAUCUCAGAGACUAAUAGACAAAUGCUCUCAGUACUAUACUCCUGCAAUCAUCAUAAUAUCAGCUGGCUUUGCAAUUGUCCCUAUUAUAAUGAAGGUUCACAACCUCACCCAUUGGUUUCACUUAGCACUAGUUGUGUUAGUCAGUGCUUGUCCCUGUGGGCUUAUACUCUCUACACCAGUUGCUACCUUCUGUGCACUUACUAAAGCGGCUACUUCAGGGCUUCUGAUCAAAAGUGCUGAUUAUCUUGACACUCUCUCAAAGAUCAAGAUCGCUGCUUUCGACAAAACUGGGACUAUUACCAGAGGAGAGUUCAUCGUCAUAGAUUUCAAGUCACUCUCUAGAGAUAUAACCCUACGCAGCUUGCUUUACUGGUAA